UUAAUAUAAGAUAUAAUAGUUAGGCCAAUAAGUAUAAGUCGGCCGUUUUUCAAAGUUACCGGUUUAUAAACCGCCAAGUAAAAAUACUAGGGUAUCGGCCAUCUGGUACACGAAUCUUGUUUGUACUUUUAACCAGCUUAUUUGAACGUGUAGCUUGGUCACCCAAAGGGCCGUCUGGUUCGUUUUACAUGGCUUCUUGUGGAGAAAGCACUAUUCGCGCCAGAUUCGCUUAGCAAAUUUUUUUCAGAGAGAAAAAUUUGCUAUAAAUGUGAUAAAAUGCCUCUUUUGGGCAAGAAGGUUUUUGCACUUGGAGCCCAGUCACCUAAUAAUGAACAGGAGGAUGCACCAUACUUGAUUCCCCACACGAAAGAAAGGUUUCAGUCGAAGACGGAAUAUGAGAAGCGUUUGAACCUGUAUGCCCAGCUCAUUUGGACGUGUCGUGCCACGGGACACACAUGCCUCACCCACGAAGAAGCGUGUAAAUCAGAGCAAGUUGUGACCGACCAGCUCAAGUCACAAUUUCCAAAGUGUUUUGAGAAAGAAGUGCUCUCACAAGUUCACCACAGUAUCUUGAGCUUGGACUCCCUUGUUGACAAAACUUGGUGGACGCUGCAUCAACAGUUUGUCGUAGGAGAGAAAGUCAGCCUGAAAGUAAAAGUUGCUGAUAAACUAAUUCCUGCAAAAAUUGUUGGUGUUGACUCGAGCUCCAACGAAGCGAAAAGUGGGGCAACAUGUAACUCACCCUCCAGCGACAAAGAAAACAGCAGUGAGGAAAAAGAUGGGAACAAGUCUCCCAAGAAAUGGGUGCCUCCAAAGUUCCUACCUUAUACAUACAGUAUUGAGCUGGAGAAUGAGGCCAAGAUCAUUCACUCGGUACCCGCUGCUGACCUGAUGAGAGACGAGAAGGCGCCAUCCAAAGAUCUGCUGCGCCUGUACAUUCGUGUGUCUGCCAUCCGCUCCGGGACGCUCUCCACCAGCCCCUGGGUGGUCAACGCUGACCUGGUCAAGCAGUACAAGCUGAUCAGCAAAUUUGCCGACUUUUUCUUGUCGCCGAUGAAGAUGGCCGAUGCUUUUAAAAAAGCAGAAGAGACUGGCAAGAAACGGAAGUUGUCUAAUGGAAUGGUGGGCUCUGCUGCAAAGAAACUGAAACUGGAGAAGAGCUCUGAAAAGCCUAAGAAGAAAAAAGACAAAUCAAAGACGCCACAGGGUAGUAAUAAGGCCGACAAGAAUUCCUCUUCAAAGAAGAAAAAGAACCUGAACAAGGACUCUAAUAAGUCGUCGGCGAAAAAAACCUCUCCGUCCAAGAAAGCUGCUACCACUGGUAAAAAAGCGUUGAGUAAAGAAUUCGUAGUCGUGUCGGACAGUGAUUCGGAUGCCGACGUCUCGCUUGCUCAGCUGAAGAAAGGGUCGGGUGGUGAUUCUGAUGAGGACAAACCUUUGUUUCAGCUUGCUGGUGAGGUCACGCCGAAAAAGAAACAAAAGAAAUCAAAAAAGGAUGACGACGAUGUGCCUCUGAGUAAAAUCUUAUCCGACGGGUCGAAGAAGGCUUCGUCCAAAAAUAGCACACCUCUGAAAAAGAGCCCGUCUAAGGUUCAGAAAAAGAAUGAGAAAACGCCAACGAAAAAAGGUGCAAAGCAAGGGAAAGAUGGGAAGGAGAAGUCAACACCAUCAAAGAAAAAAGGUGGCUUGAAGCAGGUGACCCUCUACGAUCUCACCAAGAAGGGGAAAAUGAUGCAGAAAAAUUCAGACUUCACAACCCCACAGAAAAAGUCUCCAGGAAAGGCAGCAUCUAAGGCGUCACCCCCUAAACCACCUCCAACGCCAGCCAUUGUCAGGCGCCUGUUGUCGUCGAGACGAGAAACGAUGAACGAUCGUGUGAAAUACUCAUUGUUGCUGAAGAAAGCCGUGUCGGUCUUAACGUCAGUGCAAGUGAAAAAUUUGCCGCCGAAACUUAAACAGGAGUACGAGAGAAAGAAGGCUCUGAUAGAGGAAAAGACAAAGAUGGAGAAAAUGUCUGCAGAGGAAAAAGAGGCUUACCUUAAAGAGAAGCGAGAGCGAGCGAAGAAGGUUCAGAAACAGAAGAUGCUGGAGAAGAUGAGAGAUCAGCGUAAAAGGUUUGAGGACUCGGAUCUCUCGCUCACUCCGCUACCUUCCCCGAAGCUGGUCUCCACUCCCGAUGGCUUCCCUAAUGAACUUUUCGGGGACGUUGCCAUGGUUACAGAGUUCAUCAACUGCUACGGCGGCCUGUUGAUGCCCGAUUCCGAGUACCCCAUCUACACGGAUGCGUUGAUGAAAGCUCUUGUCGGGGGCUCCACUGGCUUCACGUACCUGUCCCGUGUACUGACGGUCUUGUUGCAGACGCUGCUGCAGGAUCAGAUAGCAGAGGAGUACAAAGAGUUCCGCACACAGCUGUCUGACGUCGCAGUUAGUUCGUUCACCGCCUCUGAAUUGGUCAGACUCUGUUUACGCGACAAUGGCGACGAAGAUGAUGGAGAUGUGCCACAGGAAUACAUUCAGAGUCUCCAUGAGUGUGAGUUCUACCAGCUGGACCUGGAGCCCAAGCUGUGCGUGCUGAAGGCGCUGUGUUCACGCGUGCUGGACACGUACUCUGUGCAGGAUUACAUGGAGGAGCAGCAGGGGAAGGCCAGUGCCUUGUGGAAAGAGAAAACUACUCAAAUGAAGCAAUUGGCUGCGCAAAAGAAGUCUCAGAAACAAACAUCUGGCGAUGGAAAAGCUUCAACCUCCAGCGCAGGCGAUGAUAAAGCUCAGAAGAAAGACGAGAACAGAGUAAACGGAGAAGAGAAAGGAUCCAACGAUGAGAAGGAUGAGAAAAUAAAGGAGAAUGGCGUCAACAUUUUGACUUUCUACGGGAAAGAGGCAGAAGACAGCGGGGAGGAGGGUAACAACUGGGGUUCUAUCGUCAAGCGCCGCAGGGUUCUCGCGGCUAAAGCGGCAGCGGAGAAGGAGCAGCAGGAGAGACAGAGGGCAGCUCUCCGGGAGAAAGAGUAUCAGGAGGAGAAAAAACGAGAGAAAGAGCGGAAACGCCAGGAACAGAUGGACGAUGCCAUCUCUCUUGCCCGCAUGGUGCUGCGGCAGGACCCGAUUGGCACUGACCGUAACCAUGACCGCUACUGGGUGUUCACAAACACCACUCCAGGCCUCUAUGUCGAAAAAGGGUGGAUUGGUGACUGCAUCAGCUACUCUGUGGGUAAACUGAAGGCUAGGAAAGACGAGCUGGACGACGAUGAUGAUGUCGACGAGAGCUCCGAGGAUGAGAUGGACACCAGCGACAAAUCACCCGUGGUCAGCCAGACUGGCAAUACUCCGCUCAAAGUUGUCUACAAGACCAAAAAACAUUUCAUAGAGAAAAGUGCACCUCACUCGGGACAGAACCUGUGGUUUACGUACAAGUCUCAGAAAGAUCUUGACGGACUCCUCAAGGCCCUGCACCCUCAGGGAAUUCGUGAGAGUUUGCUCAAGACUGAGAUCAAGAAACGUUACGAUGACAUGUCAAGGGCUAUUAUACAGGCACAGAGAAUGAAUCUUGAACUGCGCGACUCUGACGGCGAUGUGGAGAUGGUGGCUGGCUUCAAGAAGGAGUUGUCAGACAUGGAGCUGAGGUUGCGGAACGGGGGUCUGGGCGGGGUGCCCAAGUUCGAUGCUUGGGAGUCCCGUCUCAUGGACACUAAGGAGAUGAGCGUUAUGGGCAAAAGUCUGUUGGAAGUGAAAGAAGGUAUCCUGGACAAGUUUCUCCAGGGUUUCAUGAAGCCAGUCGUCAAGGCAACGGAUGAGGAGGUGAAGGAAGAACCUGGCAGCGAAGAGGAAGAGAAAGAUGAAAACGGUGAGGCUGGGAAGUCGACAGAGAAAGAGGACCGCCAUCAACGUGCCGUGCGCGAGUGGAGCGAAGCUGUGGAGCAGUGUCAGUCCAUGUCGAGGCUACACGUGUUGAUGGCUGUGCUGGACACGUGCAUCAAGUGGGAGAAGUCGGCAGAAAACGCGAAAUGCAAGAUCUGUCGUAAGAAGUGCGACGACGACCGACUGCUGCUGUGCGACGAGUGCAACCAGGCGUUCCACAUGUACUGCCUGCGCCCCACCCUGGCCAAGCUGCCCAGUGGGGAUUGGUUCUGCCCUGCUUGUAAGCCCCGAAGACCACCGAUUCGACGUCCAAUGGAAUCUGAAAGUGAUGAGGAGGAGGAGGAAGAGAAAGAGGAUGCGUGCAGGGAGUGUGGCGGCUCAGAGAAACUGGUGGUAUGCUCCAAGUGCCCUGCCGCAUUCCACACACAGUGUCACGACCCACCCCUGAGACAUCCGCCCAGAGGCGUCUGGGAAUGCUCCGACUGUAAGAACGGGCUGAGCGGCAGGAGGAGGGGCAAGUUUUCUCGCAGAUCUGCCCCGAAGAAGAACUACAGGCAGGAUGUGACGGCCAGUGAGGAGGAGGAGAGCGAGGAGGAGGAGGAGGAAGAAGAGGAGGAACAGCCGACCAGGGCACAGUCGAGAUCUCGGAGUCGGCGCGGCCAGAGCAGCAACAGUAAGAGCAAGACGCCGCAGAGUGGCGGCCGUUCUUCCGCGCGUUCCAGAAGCUCAGGGCAGAGAGAGUCGCCGGCGUCGACCACCCCUCAGUCGAGGCAGUCGCGGAGAGGACCUUCUGAACUAUCGCUGUGUGAGGAUGUGCUGGCCAGAGCCAUGAAGCACAAGUCCAGCUGGCCAUUCCUGGAACCUGUGGACAAGAAACAGGUCCCUGAUUAUCACCUGCUCAUCAAGAAGCCCAUGGAUUUCCAGACCAUGCAGAAGAAAUGUGCCCGCCUGAGCUACGCAUCGCCCCAGGAGUUUAUCGAGGACGCGGCCUUGGUGUUUGAGAAUGCUGAGAGUUACAACAAGCCGGACAGUGAAGUGUUCCAGUGCAUGAGGGAGGUGGAGCAAGUGUUCAAGGACCUGCUGAAAAAGUCCCUGCCAGAUUGGCCUUAUUACCGUACAGUUGUGGAAAGAGGGGAGACAUCGAGUGGCAGCGAGGGGGGUCGCAGGCGGUCAAGAAACAAGUGAACGGUGGCGUGUUGAUGAAGAUGAUGAUCAUGACGAGGAAGUGCUGAGUACUUUACAGCCAUCAGUUUGUGCAGCUGUGGGCGUGGUUCCUCUAGAACUCCCAUGUACGCAGGAGACGUCACGGAAAACCGAGACUGGGCCGAUAACAACAGUAAUGAGAACCGUUACAGCGAGAUCUGUCAGCCUGGAGCUGCCCAGUGAAUGCCGCGAACACGGUGGACUUUUGCUUAACACUGUGUUGAGGAGCAAAUUAAAAGAUAUUGAUUAACUAAUGACACGCUGAACCCAGAUCCCAAACUAUACGGGGGGCAACGGUGUCAACGUCAUCAGACUUUGAUCCUGAUCUUGAUCAGGCGAGAUGUGGAAGUCUUGAAAUGCUAUGACGGAAGAAGACCAGCAGGCAGCUAUUGCCUAGAUGGAUCUAUAGCUUUACUGUCCUUCUUACCGCAGGGCAUCGUGAAAAGCGGAUUAGCAAAUAUUACGGAGGUGUUUUUCAAGUACAAGCAGUGGUAUCCAAGACUUAUAAGCUUUUAUUUCUAGGAUGCGUGCUCCUGGCAUUUUUCCAGUGUGUGAGAAGAAAAGGACAAUUUUGUAUUUAUAAUAAAAUGCCCACAAAAAAAAAAA